AUGUCUUCCUCCAGUGAUAAUGAUGGUGUAUGUGCGUUCGAGGAUGCUUCCUCGGUGGCAAGAAGCAAGGAGGGCGAGGGUAUGGUACUCAAACGCCAGAUCGGCCUGGGUGGCUGCAUCGCCUUCGUAGUCGGUACCGUCAUCGGCUCCGGGAUCUUCAUCUCCCCGAAGGGCGUGCUGCAGAACACCGGCAGCGUGGGGUUGUCUCUCGUCGUCUGGGUCGCCUGUGGGAUACUCUCCACCAUCGGGGCUCUCUGCUACGCCGAGCUGGGUACCACCAUACCCGAGUCAGGUGGAGACUUCACGUACAUCUUGCAAACAUUUGGUGUGGUGCUUGCUUUCUUGAGAGUAUGGACUCACAUUGUCGCUGUGUUCACGGCUAGCUUUGCUGUGCUUGCUGUGACCGGAGCUACCUAUCUCACUGAGCCAUUCUUUGGAGAGUGCACUGUACCCACAGUAGUGAUACAACUACUCGCUGCUACACUGCUAGGUGCUGUAUUUUGUCUGAACAGUGUAAGCGUCCCUUGGAGUAAUCGAGUCCAGAUUAUUUUCAGUAUUGCAAAAGUAACCGGUCUGUUGAUUAUCAUUGUAUCGGGCCUGGUCCUCGUCAUCCAAGGAAAAUUUGAAAACCUUCGAAGUGGAUUCACUCCAGCGAUUGAUGUUACACCUGACAAGCUCCCUCUAGCGUUCUACUCCGGACUAUUCGCCUACUCGGGAUGGCAGUUUCUACCGACAUUCACGGAAGAAAUCGAAAACCCUUCACGAAAUAUUCCAUUGGGAAUUACUCUAUCGAUGACUCUAAUUACUGGUGUGUACAUUCUGGUGAAUCUCGCUUACUACGUGGAACUCACACCGAUUGAAAUCCUCUCUUCAGACGCAGUUGCCUUAACCUAUGGCGAGCGUGUCCUCGGACCCUGGGCAUUCAUCAUCUCAAUAGCUGUUGCAUUGUCUUGUAUUGGUUCAAUCAACGGAUCCAUCUUCAGUUUUGCAAGGAUUCUGUUGGUGGCUUCCCGUGUGAAUUGUAUGCCUCAGAUUCUAGGCAUGAUCCAUGUUCAUAAUAAGACGCCUCUUCCUGCAGCAAUUGUUACGUUCCCCAUUGUUAUUGUGAUGCUAAUUUCACCCGAUGUCAAUGCCCUCAUCAACUACAUGAGUUUCGCAAGAUGGUUGCUAGUCUCUAUCGCAGUCGCUGUGUUACCUUAUUGGAGAUGGAAGUACCCUGACAUGGAGAGACCUUUCAAGGUUCCGAUAAUUCUACCAUUCAUCUUUAUUCUGUGUGCGUUGUUUGUGGUAGCGGUCUCGAUCUACUCUUCACCAAUAGAUUGUGGCAUAGGAGCUUUGAUUACACUGUCUGGGGUACCAGUCUACUUUGUCUUCGCCAGAUGGCAGGGAAAACCCGCAUGGUUCACGCGGACAUUCGAUUCAAUGACGUGUUUCCUGCAAAGAUUCCUUAUUGUGACCCCAGAAGACAAAAAAAUAGAGUAGCCCGGAAGGAAC